AGUAAGCGCCGGCAACCUUCCGAGUGUUGUCUGCCAAGUGGGGAGUCAAGGCCGUGAGUCACCCGUGAGUCACAGGUGAGUCUCCCCAGCGCGGGACACACGACACGCGGGGGAGGUCACGGGGGGCAGGUCACUGAGAGGGGGGCGCCGCUCCCUCUCCCCGGGGUCAGGUCAAGUUGGGAUCGAGGUCACUCGUUGGGUGUGCUUGGCGAAAGAGGUCACAGAAACAUUUUUAGAGUAACAAGAUAAAAGAAAACCGCAGCAAUGCACAACCGAUCAAAGAGGAAAGGCCCAGACCUCAAGUUUAGGUUUACAGAAACCCAGCCAGCACAGCCUGUGGAGCCUCCACGGAACCUGGACAGCAGAACCACAAUCACAAUGGAUGGGAAGGAGGUGGACGUGUCAGCUGAUGACCUGGAAUUGCUGAAGGAGCUUGGGCGGGGAGCUUACGGCGUGGUGGAGAUGAUGAGACACAGGCCCUCCGACACCAUCAUGGCUGUCAAGCGAAUCACCAGCACCGUGGACAGCCGGGAGCGCCAGUACCUCCUGAUGGACCUUGAUGUCUCAAUGCGGUCCGGCGCCUGCCCCUACACAGUACACUUCUAUGGGGCGCUCUUCAGGGAUGGGGAUGUGUGGAUCUGCAUGGAGGUGAUGGAGACCUCCCUGGACAAGUUCUACCCCAAGGUGUUCUCCCAGGGCCAGACAUUCCCUGAAGAGUUCCUGGGAAAGAUCGCCUUCUCUGUAGUCAGUGCCUUACACUACCUGCACACACAGCUCAAGGUCAUCCACCGCGACGUGAAGCCCUCCAACAUUCUCAUCAACAGGCGUGGGGAGGUGAAGAUGUGUGACUUUGGCAUCUCAGGCUAUCUGGUGGACAGUGUUGCCAAGACGGUGCAGGCAGGAUGCAAGCCCUACAUGGCUCCUGAGCGGAUAGACCCCCAAGGUGUGCCCUCGAGCUAUGACAUUCGGUCAGACGUGUGGUCACUGGGGAUUUCCAUGGUGGAAAUAGCCACAGGAAAAUUCCCCUACAGGUCAUGGGGGACGCCCUUUGACCAGCUGAAGCAGGUGGUGAUGGAUGCUCCCCCACGCCUCCCUCCUGGCACCUUCUCCCCUGAUUUUGAUAAUUUUAUAGAACAAGUGCUGGUGAAGGAAUACAAGCAGCGGCCUAACUACAUGCGGCUGCUGGAACACCCCUUCUUGGUGGCCCAUGCAAACUCCACCAAUGACUCUUUUGCUGACUUUAUCAACUCCAAUCUACCGCCGCCUCAGGAGUGACGGCAGCCUCCUCUAGCCUAGAUAAUCUUUUUUUUUUUUCUCUCUCCUGUUACUAAUGAUUUUUUCUAAGAUUUUAACCUAGGUGACUUUUUACCUGAUACAAAUUUUACUUUUAUUUGUUAGGCAGGUGUGUGAUAAGACUAAAACUAAAAACAUGAAAAAAAAUAAUAUAUAGAAGAAUCCUCAUAUGUUUUGUUCUGUAUCGUAUGAUGUACAAAUACCCAAACUUUCUCUCUCACUGUCUCCCAACCCUCCCUCCCUCUCUGCCCUUUUAAAGAUUACUAAAGUGUACUGUAACAUGUAAAGUUAGAUUGUAGGAAAGGCCAAAAAAGCUAAAAAAAAAAAAUGGAAAAGACGAAAAAAAAGUGUUAUUGACUUGUUGAAACUGUGCUGUCCCUUUGUACAUAGUUUUUAGAAUACAUAUUAAACCAGCCAGCUUUUUA